UGCCACAAGGAACCACAAAGCCGAGUGUAGAAAUGCCACAUUUCCCUUCUUCCUCCGCUUUGUCCCCAGCCUACUCCAUGACAGUCAUCAUCUCUGUCAUCUCCAGCUUUGCAAUGGUCACCAUUCUCAUUAGCAUUGCUCUUCUCUGCUGCCGAAGGCAUAAGCAAUGGAAAAAUAAAACAAGGGAGUCAGCACCACCAGCCCUGACGACACUUCCUUCUGAGCUCUUACUGGACAGAUUGCACCCAAACCCCAUGUAUCAGCGCAUGCCUCUCCUCUUGAACCCAAAGCUGCUGAGCCUGGAAUAUCCACGUAACAAUAUUGAAUAUGUUAGAGAUAUUGGAGAAGGAGCUUUUGGACGGGUCUUUCAAGCAAGGGCUCCUGGACUACUUCCUUAUGAACCAUUCACUAUGGUGGCAGUGAAGAUGCUGAAAGAAGAAGCCUCAGCAGACAUGCAGGCAGAUUUUCAGAGGGAAGCAGCCCUCAUGGCCGAAUUUGAUAAUCCAAACAUUGUCAGACUUUUAGGAGUGUGCGCUGUUGGAAAGCCAAUGUGUCUUCUGUUUGAAUACAUGGCCUUUGGAGACCUCAAUGAAUACCUGCGCGAUCGAUCCCCUCGGAGCCUCUGUAGUCUGAACAACAAUGACCUUGACAUAAGGAUCAGGCCGGCCAGCCCUGGUUUUCUUGCUCUUUCUUGCACUGACCAGCUGUACAUUGCCAAACAGGUGGCAGCUGGCAUGGCCUAUCUCUCAGAACGCAAGUUUGUCCACCGGGACCUGGCCACCAGGAACUGCUUGGUGGGAGAGAACAUGGUGGUUAAAAUUGCUGACUUUGGUCUCUCCAGAAACAUGUACUCAGCAGACUAUUACAAAGCAAAUGAAAAUGACGCCAUUCCCAUACGAUGGAUGCCCCCUGAGUCCAUCUUCUACAACCGUUACACAACCGAGUCUGACGUUUGGGCCUAUGGGGUGGUCCUGUGGGAGAUCUUCUCCUUUGGCAUGCAGCCCUACUAUGGCAUGGCUCACGAGGAAGUCAUCUAUUAUGUGAGAGAUGGAAAUGUCCUGUCGUGUCCCGAUAACUGCCCUUUGGAGUUGUACAAUCUCAUGCGCCUUUGUUGGAGCAAACUGCCUUCUGACAGACCCAGCUUUGCAAGUAUCCACUGUAUUUUGGAGCGCAUGUAUGAGAGAGCAGUGUCUGCUGAUCAGGCCUGAGACAGACUCCCUCAUCUGUGACAUCCUUCUCAGACUAGCUUGGAUGAAAAAUACAGGUGGGACAUGAUAAUCAGACUCAGUGUGUGCAAUUGGCCCAAUAUUGGAGACACUGCUCAGGUGACUCUCCCACAGAAAGCUGGAAUAAGUGCCACACUUUCACCUGAGCAAAGACUGAAACAUCUGGAUUUGUAACAACUGCAAUUUCAAAAAAUCUCAUUGUGAAAAUGGCAUAUGAACAUUUAUAUGUGUGUGUGUAUAUAUAAAACUUUGAGUCAGACCCUUAA